GAUUCCCCCCUCCCGCAACCACGUGUAUUCUUUGCAUAAAAUCGUAGAUAUCAAUCUUUAUUGAAAUAAGAUUCGUCGUGUGCAUGUGUGUGUACGUAUGCAUAUGCGAUCCAGAUGGGACGCACUCAAGUUCGCGCGAAUUUGCGAUGCGAAGAUGACAGAGAUCGUUAUUUCUGUCCGUUGACUGGAACACUCGUGGCAGUGGACUCGAGACAGACGUCAUCUUUCCUCGGUGGCACUGCGACGAGACGCAUCUCCGGGACGUGAUGUCGUCAUUGUGAUCGCACGUCGAGUGUCAGAUUAGCUGUAGUAAAGCAGAUAUUCGAUCGUGUGUGGAAUGUCCAUUGACAGUUUCCAGUACGCGCAAAGUAACCAUGACUUCGGCACGGGAAUUCAUCGAGCAAGCCAUCGCCAAGGAAUCGGUCGUCAUAUUCUCCAAGUCCACCUGUCCGUACUGCAAAAUGGCGAAACAGGUGUUUGACUCGUUGAACAAAACUUACAUGGCGAUAGAACUGGACGGCAGGGAAGACGCGGACGAAAUACAAAGUGUGCUGGGCGAAAUGACAGGUGCCAGGACAGUGCCCAGGGUAUUCCUCAACGGGACGUGCCUGGGUGGCGGUACCGACGUGAGAAAACUCCACGAGAACGGCGAGCUUUUAAAGAAAUUUUGAGGAUGAAUCGCAUUUACUUAACGCAAUACUUAAUACGACGCAAAUAACGUGUUCAGUCUAAUUUUAUUUCGAUUUUAUUAUCAAAUUAAUAAAAUACUGUUAUUUUGUCGACAUAAAUAUACCGAUCCAAGCUGAA